CAGCUGUAGUGGUUGUGGUAAACCUAGUGAUGAUUUGAAAACUGUCCACUCAAUAAGGGAAAACAGGAAAGUUCUAGUGAAAAUGUACAAAAUACAUUCGGAUUCGCUGUAAUUAACGCAAUUAAAUCACCCGGUGACAUCAUCACGGUCAUGGCCAAUGGCAGCUAGACAAACUGGUCACCAUCUCCAAUGCCUGGUGGGGGCUGUGGGGAUUUCAACAAACAAUAUGAGAAAAACAGCAAGUUUCAGUUCGUUCGUAGAUUUCGAGUGAGUGUCGUCAGCAAAUUGUCGCAAAUCCACUCAAAGUCCCAUGUGGCUGGCCGCCAACGUAGAUUGUUGACUAGAAGAGCUGCGGAAAUGGGAAAUGAGAAUAGCUGGAACGACUAUGGGCGUCGAAUCUCAAAGGUGAUUUUUGCCUUUGUUGAGUACGUGUUCCAAGUGCUGUUUGGGCUGGUGUAUGGAGGCGGCGCCAAGCAGUCAAUGCCCCCUAUUGAGGAUCUGCUGCUUUUGGAGUCAGCCAGUACAAUUGCCUUGAAGAUCCGCACUCAAAAAAUUACCAGUGAACAAGUACUGGAUUCUUUCAUCGAACGAAUCAAACAAGUGAAUCCAGUGUUAAAUUGUGUGGUAGCGGACCGCUUCGAUGAAGCGAGAAAAGAAGCACAAGAAGCGGAUCAGCUCAUUCAAGCGCAAAGAAUUCCUCAGGAAACCUUAGCCAACGAAAAACCCUUUCUAGGCGUGCCUUUCACUACCAAAGACUGCAUACCGGUAAAAGGUCUAAUCCAUUCUUCAGGGCUGUUUAGCCGCAGGCACAACCGAGCUGAAGCAGACGCUGCGGCAAUUUCGCUUCUGAGAAAAGCGGGCGCAAUCCCCAUUGGUCUGACCAAUGUGUCUGAGCUGUGCAUGUGGUGGGAAAGUGCCAACAACAUUCAUGGUAGGACGAACAACCCUUACGAUACCACCCGAAUAGUGGGCGGCUCAUCGGGUGGAGAAGGGUGUGCUCAAGCAGCUGCAGCCAGCGCGUUUGGCAUCGGAUCCGAUAUUGGAGGCUCAAUUCGUAUGCCAGCUUUUUUCAAUGGUAUUUUCGGUCACAUGCCGACCCCCUUAACUGUUCCGUUGACCGGGCAGUAUCCAGCUCCAAUCUCAGAAGAACAGACCAAAUUUUUGAGAAUCGGCCCGAUGUGUCGAAGGGCGGAGGAUCUUCUACCAUUACUCAAAGUAAUCAGCGGCAAUUCGCCAAAACUACGCUUAGACGAGCCAGUACAAAUAAAAAAUAUAAAAAUUUUCUAUCAGGAAACCGACGGAGGUUCAAAGUUGGUGUCGACGGUUUCGCCCGAUAUCAGAGAGUUGUUUGGAAAAAUUUCUAGUCACUUUGAGAGAGCGCACGCCAUUAGAGCCACCAAGGUAUCGUUAAAACGAUUUAUCAAAAGCGGGCCAAUGUGGUUUGCGAACAUGAAGGCGCCAUCGGGACCCACAUUUGGGGAUCAACUAGCCAAUCUUAAGGGCAGAAUCAACCCCUGGUGGGAGCUGUUCAAAUGGAUGUUUGGGAAAUCAAACCAUUCGUUCAUUGCAUUGGCUACUUGCCUUGUUGAGAAAGGAGGUUGUAGCUACGGGGACGAAAAAUAUCAGUACCUUGUCAAAGAAAGAGAUGCGCUCAGAUUGGAGGUGUUGGAUCUGCUAGGGGAUGACGGGGUGUUUUUAUACCCCACUCAUCCUACUUCAGCCCCUUACCAUCACCAACCUCUAGUCAGACCAUUCAAUUUUUCAUAUACAGGUAUAAUCAACGUGCUGAAAUUCCCAGCUACGCAUAUACCAAUGGGACUAGAUCGUCAUGGUUUACCAAUUGGGGUGCAGGUGAUUUCGCGUGAAUGUAACGAUCGGUUGUGUUUGGCUGUGGCUAGAGAGCUGGAGAAAGCCUUUGGAGGCUGGGUGCCGCCAGGUGGGAUAGCCUGAAUGAUGAUUAAUGUAUGGUAUGAUUUAACGAUAAAAAUUAUAUUUGUAAUCAUUCACAAGAGUUAAGCGCACAACUGAACCCUUUUGCUUGUCCGCUGACAAAGCAUUGAGAAUGAUCCAAAGAUUUCAGUCAAUCAAUCAUAUACUUAUGCCUUUACCAAGUAGAGAAUAUUUUUUAAUCCAAAACAAUUUAUAUUGUGUGCCAAUGACAAUUGCAUCAACAUAGCGCUUUUUGUGGCAUUUCAACAUAUUCCCAGUUAAGUUUUACUUUAACUGAAAACCUGGGAAAAAUUGCGCCAAUUGUUUAAGGGCCCUGUUAUACUAAAACUGCAAAUCUCGAACUUAACAUUCGAAGUAUUUCGAAUAUUUUUUAUGCAUAAUGUUGGUGAUUUCCUAUAUUUAUUUUUGUACAAUUUUUACAAGUAUCAAGUGAGCAGUUAGAAACGGAUAAAUUGUCCGUUUGUUAAAGGCCGUUUAGUGAAUAAUUAUUGUAAAAUAUUAUCAGACAGGGCCAUGGAUGUAGUAUCUGAUUGGUUAACAUGCUGUUUUUAAGUUGACAGUAUAUUGCAUUUAUAAUAUACAUGGCGAUCUAUUUUUGUAUUAUCUACAUCAGAACGUAUUUUUGAUCUACUUAAGUUUACAAAUAUUUACACAAAUUGCAUAGAAAGCCUAUAUGUAUGUAAUUCGUGACAAAUUCAUUGUUGUUUAUUAUUACAAUUUCAACAUCAUUGUUGAAGUCUGUAUUAUCUGUUUUCGGAUAUUUUUAAGGUACCUAUCAGAAAUUAAAUGGUUGCAUUUUA